AUGAGAAGAUCGUGGCCGCUGCAUCGCCAGUGGGACAAGAGGUGGCAGAGGAAGCAACUGUGGGUUGGGGUUAAUCCAAAGAGGAACUCUGUAAACGAAGUUUGGAAGAAGUCGCAGCACUACGAGUCCCAAAGUCCGGGAAUACUUGUAGCUGCCUCUGCAGGCUCAUGAAGCCACACCUGAGCGCUGCACCGUCCGCAGCACCAUGUCCUCGUACACCUUCUGCAACGCCCAAACCCGCUUCAAUGGCUCUCUGCACUUCUUCCAGCUUCCUCGUCGGUGUCCAAACGGCACUGACAUCCUCGCCAUACCGGGACAACGCUCAUCUCAUCUCUCUUGCUCGCUUCGUCCUGAGGGCUGCCGAAGGGGGCAUCUCGUAUGCUUGGCGAGCGUCGCCUGCCAAACCUUUUUCCGCCGCCG